AUAAUAUUGGUCUAACAAUAGCCUAUUAGAUUUUAGAAAAGUAUAAUAGUUUUCAGAUUCUGUAGAGGAAACUGGGGACAAUCUGAGCCAGAGAUGUGAAGGCAGCCGGAGGAGCAGAUUUAUUAUUAUAAAAUGACUGUAAAUGAUUGAUCUUAUUACUCGCUGAGAUUCUGUCUCAGACAUGAAUGAGUCCAUAAAGGAGACUCAAGAUGCCUCAGGAGCAGCUGGACACUCUCUGCUAUAAUAUAAGAGAAGGACUGCAUAAAUGGAGGGAUAUUUUCACAUGGCAACUAUUCAAAAGUUUGCUGAUGGGACAAGGCCUCUCAGCACUGAUCUGUGGAACUGCUGUAACAUCUCAGUAUCUGGCGUCCGUUUACUAUCUGAAUACACCCAUGCUGCAGAGCUUCAUUAAUUACACCCUUCUGGGAAUCACUUAUACCGUGGCACUGAUCUUCAGAAGAGGUGAUGGCAAUAUUUUGCAGAUUUUAAAGACAAAAUGGUGGAAGUAUCUAUUGUUGGGACUGACAGAUGUGGAGGCAAAUUACGCAGUGGUGAAAGCAUAUCAGUACACCACAUUAACCAGCAUACAGCUGCUGGACUGCUUUAUUAUCCCGGUUUUGAUGAUCUUGUCCUGGUUCUUCCUGAAGACCCGCUAUAGGAUCAUUCACUACGUAGCUGUAUGUAUAUGUCUGGCUGGGGUGGGAGCCAUGGUGGGAGCGGAUAUCCUUGCUGGCCAGGACCAGGGAUCUUCAAGUGACAUUCUCCUCGGUGAUGGUCUGGUUCUAGUCAGCGCCACUCUGUAUGCCAUCUCUAAUGUGUGCCAGGAAUACACAGUGAAGAAUCUGAGCAGGGUGGAGUUUCUGGGCAUGGUCGGCCUCUUUGGUUCAAUCAUCAGUGCGAUACAACUAGGGAUUCUCGAACAUAACGAAGUGUCUAAAAUUCAGUGGACAUGGGAAAUCGCUCUUAUCCUGGCUGGAUAUGCGCUCUGCAUGUACGGCUUCUAUAGCUUCAUGCCUGUGGUGAUAAAGAUGAGCAGUGCCACAGCGGUCAAUCUUUCCUUACUCACUGGAGACCUCUUCAGCCUGUUUUGUGGGCUCUUUUUGUUCCGGUACACUUUCUCAGGACUGUAUAUUGUGUCAUUGGUGGUGAUCCUCAUCGGUUUCAUCAUGUUUAACACCGUCCCUACACUGAACCGAGCUCUUUCUCCGGCGCCUGACGAGGAAGGUUGUGACAAUCACGCCGCUGAGUUUGAUAGCGACAGCACUCAAGGCUGUGUGGAUGAGAUAACCUGUGCACAAGCAGAGCAAGAUCAAAUCAAGAGCCAAGUGAAUGAAAGGCAGUCAGCAUGUGUCGUCAUAAACAGUGUUAAAAUGUAGUUUUGUUAACUCCAUGGUAAUACAGACCAGAAUUUUUAUCAUUAUAUUUGAAUAGUGGUUUAUGUUGAUAAAUCAAAUGAAUAAACUUGUAACUGGUGUGAACCGGUAUGAGAGUAUGACGUAUAUGUUCUUAUCUUGUGACGUUUUGUGUGUUUAAACAAAUAAAUUAUAUCACUGUUGGCAAACAAACUGAUAUUUAUGGCCCAAUGGAUCUGUGGGUGCCACUGUUAAACUAAUAUUUAUUGUAUAGAGAAGUGCUUUGUAAAAUUAAUAAAACAAAAUAAUAAAAGA